AUGCUUCUGCAAUUCUUGUUCCUUAUUCUUCUCACAUCACUUCAAGUCGAUGCUAGACCACAGUUCAUGAUGUAUCCCGGAAUGUACGGAAUCGGGAUGAGACCAUACGGUAUGAUGUAUCCAAUGUACGGUAUGGGACCAAUGGGUAUGAUGGGUAUGGGAAUGAUGGGCGUGAGACCGUACAAUCCUGUAGGAGGAGCGAUAAGAGGUGCCAUUGUUGGGUCACUGCUCGGAGCUGCUGUGGGCAGAUAA